ACACACACACACACGGAUCACCAUCCGCCCACCUCGAUUCUGAUUCGACGAGCAUCCUGGGUCACGAUAUCGUCGCACAUUCAUCCUAUAUAAGCAGCAGAAAGUUUUCCACCCAAACACCAAGUUCGGCCCUUGAACCAACAACAGACGAGAAAGGCGUCGCGGUUUGAUCCCUUGCGUAAAAAAGUACCAAGACGGUUGCAGACAUGGAGAGGUCGGUCCGGUUUGCCGUGGUGUGCGUCGGCGUAUCUCUGCUCAUCUCCUGCCAUCCAGUCGAAGCCUGGUACAAGCAGUCGACCGGGCCCAGCUACUACUCGGUGGGCCGUGCCUCCGGUUUGCUGUCCGGCAUCAGGAGGUCACCGUACGUCCGCAGGUCCGAGUCCCAAGAGACGCUGAUGGAAAGCGGGGAGACGGCGGGUAACAACCUGAUUCCAGAGACCGAGAAGCAGAUCUCCAUCCUAAAAAGCAUGGCCAUCUGCGUGAAGGACAUCUCUCCAAACCUGAAGAGCUGCGAGCUGCUGCGGGACGGGACGGGCACCUUCCAGUGCAAGGCGGACGUCUUCCUCACCCUGGACUCCCUGGACUGCCUGUCCGCGUGAGGCCGGUCCGACCUGCGCAAACAGUCCUGGUCCUCCGGG